AUGAGCAACGCCUUCAUGAAUGCAUCAAUAGAAGCACUGCAAGGGAACAAAGGUCUGUGUGGAAAUGUCAAAGGCUUGCAGCCUUGCAAGGUUCUUUUUGCAUUACACAAACACACUCUAGCAAAAAAGACACUUGUUCUUGUAAUCAUGCUCCCUCUUGGUGGAGCACUCUUACUUCUAGGCGCAUUCAAUGGACUUCUCAUUAUGUUCAAUUCAAGAAAGACAAAGUCACAAGUUGAAAAGGGUGACACCCAACCCCCGAAAAAAGAUUUGUUAUCGAUAUCAAUAGUCAAUGGAAGAGCAAUGUACAAUGACAUUGUACAAGCUACCAAUGAUUUCGAUGCCAUAUAUUGCAUUGGAAAAGGAGGAUAUGGAAUUGUCUACAAAGCGAAGUUACCAUCAACUAAUAUAGUAGCUGUGAAGAAACUUCAUCCGUUAUCCGAGAGGGCUGAUAGGAAAGAUUUCUUAAAUGAGGUAAGGGCAUUGACAGAAACUAAGCAUCGAAACAUAGUGAAGCUUUUUGGCAAUAAUGUUCUGAUUGAUGAGGAGUACGAGGCUUGUGUUUCGGACUUUGGCACUGCCAAGCUUUUGAAGCUAGAUUCCUCUAACUGGAGUGCAUUUGCAGGCACAUACGGAUAUGUUGCACCAAAGCUUGCUUACACAAAGAAGGUAACUGAAAAGUGUGAUGUCUAUAGCUUUGGUGUGUUGGCACUAGAAGUGAUCAAAGGAAAGCAUCCAGGAGACUUCAUCAUGUCCCUGCUGACCCCAGCUGUUGAGAACAUACAGCUAAAGGAUGUGUUGGACCAACACCUUUCACCUCCCUCCCCUGAAGUUGACGAGGUGGCAGAUGAGUGGGGGCAAAACUCAUUAUGGAACCCUUCCAUGAACCAAAGAAUAGAAAAAAAAGUUCAAGAGAGCAACUCAUCAGUAGCGGCUGGGUUAGAGCUCCACACUGAUCAAGGCGCCACCGGUUUGACUAAUUUGAUGGUCGGUCCACCGUCGUUCUAUGGGAACAAGCCAACCAUGCUUGAUCUUCUUGGGCUGGGGAUUGGAGCUGGUGGAUCCUCCACUGCUAGCUUCUUGGCUUUGUUCACUUCCAUUGGAGAUGGGCUUGAUGUUACGGCGACCAGGAAAUUAAGUUAG